UACUGCUCUGCGGUACAUCUAGUUAUUUACACAAACGUAUUACAUUAUCGGUAAAAAGUUAUUAUAUUAUUGGUUCAGACAUUUUAUUACUUUAUUGGCCGCCAUUAUGUUAUUGGAUGCUUGACACGCUGCACUGUUCUGACGCUUCUUGUUAACACACAUGGAAAAGCUCAAAUAUGUAAAUUUGCACUGAUACCUACAUGAAUAAAAUAAAGGACCACUUGUAGAAUGCCAUUGCACUUGUUUCCUUAAAUGUGUCCAAAGCUGGAAGUCUGUGCAACAAUAAAACAUAUGAUUAUUAAAGCUGUUAUAAUAAAUGUAUAUUAAUAAUGCAUGUAUGUAGGUACUGUACAUAGGCCUAUGUAUACAGAUAUGUAUAAGGGUUUACUUUAGGCAACCCAAUCAUAGUCUGGAAUAAUUUUCCAUCAGUAAUAUAAUUUGUUUCAAUGAAUCUAUACAUUUGGAUACAGAACAAGUGUCUGAAGUAGUCAUCAACAACAUUAACACACUUAAAUGAAUCAUUCAUCACAUUAUGGAUAUCUGUUUCAUAUUAUGUCAUGAUGAAAUGACAAUCAAUGUAAACUUACAGUUUUCAGUUUUCACCAACUGUAGUAAAUAUUUGCAGAGUUCACUCUUACAAACCUACAAUUGAACAAUUAAUAAUGCAUUUAGCGACAAACCAGCUGUCAAUAGAGACUACUUAUGUAACCUAUUGCACACUACUUGGAAAGUAGUGGCUUGUCUUUUUAUCAAUCAGCUAGCAAUGAUAUAUUCCAAAAGUAAAUGUUAACUUGUUACUUCCUUGUUAAUUGUCACUUGUUUAUUUGAUAUGCGGUCACAUAUCUAACAUAUGGCAUAAGGCUUCCUAUUUCAUAUAUUUCUUGACAAUAUGGCAAUUCAACAUGGUGACCAAGAUUUCAAUGUCCAAUCAAUGUGCUAGAUCCAAAUUGAUCAUUUAAGUGUAAAUCAAAUAAAAUAUUAAGUUUAAAUCUAAUAAAAUACUCACUUGAUAACUUGUAGUCAUCUCUUGUAUGACUCUCAUUAAGAGGAGAUAGUUUAAUGCUCCGUGCUCACAUCACUCUCUGUGCUCAUGUCCCUCUCUCCGUUCACACUCUUUGCAUUCACACACACACACACACACACACACACACACACAUACACACACACUAAAUUAUUCUUAUGAAGUGGCAGUUGAAACAUUUGCAUUGAGAGUUAUAUCAUCUUAAUCAACCCAGUCGGAAGGUUCAGCAAUGUUGACCUAUGAAAAUACCAUAGUGAAGGCUAACCUCAAUUGCUAGGCUUGUGAAGAGAAUAAUGUUUUCACCUGUAAAUAGUCUAGACUACUGACAAUAAAUUGUAGUCUGAUUGGCAUUUCUGUUCUUUCAUACGCUCAGCCAGACAUUUAAGUUGUAUAAUUAAAGCAAAUGAGGUCAACGUGUGUGGGCUGAGGAGCCUUCCAUGCCCAACAGACCUCGAGACUCGGUAACAGGCUUUAGACAUGUGAGAAGGCGAUUCAGUGCGAUGCUUAUUCUUGCUGCUCAGCAGAUAACGGUCUUAACAGGACUACCGGUGGCGAUGGGCACUUCGAGAGCAGCACAGUGUUGCGCUUCUCUUCGCAAGACUCUAUAAAACUCAGGUUCUGGUUGAAAUGGCACCAUGUUAACGGAUAAUCUUAGCUAAUUGCAAAACCUUUCAUUUUAUCACGCCAACUUGAAAUUCUACAGGUCGCUAAAAUGUCUUUAAAGACGUUGCCAUUGCUGGUUAUGAACCUCGGAGGGGAAAUGCUUUACGUUUUGGAUCAACGUCUUCAAGCUCCGAAUAUCCCAGAGGAUAAAUCGCAAAAGGCGGGUAUUUGGUCAGAGGAUGACAGAAAAAGAGUGAUGAGUGAUAUCAUUAGUACCAUGUUCAACAAGCCCUUUAUGGAGGAACUGUUGAGGCCCCAGGAUAUUUACUCUCAUAGGGCAAUGAGGACUCUUUUGACACGCAUAGCGCACGCAUCAAUCAUGAGGCUCAACCCUGCCAGCAUGGAUAAGUUGUAUGACCUGAUGAUCAUGGCAUUCAAAUAUCAAGUGCAACUCUGUCCAAGGCCCCGUGAUUUACUGCUAGUGACACUUAAUCACAUUGACACUAUUAAGAGUUUUGUAAGACACAACCCCAGGCUCUCCAACCAGAUAGAUGAGGCGCAACGACAAUUAAUUGAGAUGUAUAAACCUUUGACUGAUGGGGAGUUUCAUCUUAUCAGACAAACCCUACUAAUCUUUCUGCAAGACAUGCAUGUUAGGGUGUCAGUGUUUCUCAGAGAGAAGCUGCAGAAUGCCAAUGGCCACUUUGUGCUGAGCACCUCCGGGCCUGUACCUCAAGGCUCAGAUGUUCCCGGCCUAAUCAGGUUAUUUAACAAUCAGGGUAAAGAGGUGAAACGAUGUGAGUUCCCCAGUGGUGGGACCUACACCAGCCCUGUACGUGAGGGCUCCUUCGAUAUGGCUGGGGACCGAGUCACUCGACUGGGCACCAACAUGUACAGUGAGUCAGCAGAAAAUACACAGACCUCAGGAUCUCCCAAAUUCAAGCAGAACUCCCAGGCUGACACAACCCCCAACCCUUUGGCUAAAGAAGAACUGAACCUGCUGGCUAAGCUGAUGGGAGGUAUGGAGGUACAGGACAGUCCCAGUGGGAACUCAGCCUUCCGCGUCAACCUCUUCACCACAGACCAGGAGGAAGAGGAGGCGGGAACCGCAAGUGAGACACACGGAAUGUUCAGUGUCAUAAAUAUCCAAGCAACAAAGGAUCACCGUGCCAAUUCUGAACUGGCCAGGAUUGCUGGUGAGUUCACCGAUCAUGAGGAGAAUUCGGACGCUCCCAGCAGCAAAGGGGACCACCUGCUGUCACUGAUGGAUGACCUGUGAAGAUGAGCUACGAAACG